AUGUCUGCAUCACCACCUUUGCUGGAGGCGGCAUCAGGUGAGGCUGCCUCCACGUUACAGGGUCGCUUCCCCGGAGGCGGUGCGCCGCGUGGCGGCCUCCCGUCUUCGCUGCCAUCUCAUCGCGACUCUUCCCGCUCGCCCUACACUGGCACACGUCACUCUGUCCCGGCGUUCUCUAUCGAGCGACCCCUGGCAAUAUCACCCCUCGCACUGGCGCUUCAGGCACAGUGGCGCCAACUGCAACAGGAUAUGUUGAGCCCGUCGGCGCUUCGUCCUGAGCAUGGUGACUCACACACUGUGCAGGUGGAGGAAGACGUGCUACGGGUGCUAGGCUCCAUUACUGCUCGGGCCGACAUGGCGGUGAACGACGCCGCCCACACGGUCCCGUACCUCUUAGCCCUUGGACAGGUGCCACUGCCGUCUCUGCGCACCCAAGUGGUUGCACUAGCGGCCCUGCGUGGGGUGCUCUCAUCCCUUUCCGGUGUCUACGGCGAUGAGGCAGCUGCGGCGUUUGUGCACGAUGUGCUUCUCGGCGAGCACCAGGCACUGCAGGCACUGAGUCUCGCCACGUUGGCCGCCUUGGAAGGAUUGGAGGAUGCUACAGAGAUGCACGACGGUGGCUUGUCAAGGGCUGACGGACAUGGUCGUACGCCCCCAACGCUUGACUCUUCUUCUUCUACGGCUUUCCUCUCCCGCAGAGGUCGUCGUAGUCUGCUCUCACGAGGCCAAGGUGACACACAGGCAGAGGGUGGAACACUGCGAGGAGCACGAGUGUACCCGGAGGAGCCGAAAGUAGCACCCGCAUCGUUGCCACAUCCGACUGUCGCGUCGCUUUGCGUCAAUGACACGGACGCAUCGCUUGACAAGUCGGUGACUCUGCGCGGACGCGUGGUGCACACUACAUUGCAGCUUCUCCGAGAGACCGCAGAAAUGUGCGCGCCAGUCACAGAUGCGCUGCUAUCCAGUGGCGCCCUGUUAAAGGCGUGCAUAGGUGGUCUUCACCGACUUCCACACCCACCAUUACCGCCAGCGGAAAACGUGGCGGGUCUUGCUGACGGACUUCCUGUCGGUAGCUCUGAGGCUCUCUAUGCGGCAUACUUUCAUCGGUGCGAGGACGUUGUGGCUUUGCUCCUGACGCUUCUGAACGCCGAGGUCACGCGGCACAACGAAGCGUCGCUUGUCUUGUGUAGCUUUGACGCUCAUCGCGCUGUGUGCGCACUGGCGCAGCGUCUGGUGCACACCCUUCUCUUUGCCUCCAGCGCAGUCUGCGAGGGAGCCAGCGCGGGCGGUGGGGCAGACGCUUCUAUGUUACUAUGGAGCGCGCUCAAGGUACUCGGCCGGCUCACACGGGGCUGCCCGUCUGCUAUGCGACUGUUUCUCAGCGAGAAUGCCAGCCUACCGAGCUUUUUGAUCCAAGUGCUGACUGUGUCGGUCGCCGAGGUACGUGAGGCAGGCGCGCUAUGGGCGGCAGCACUCUUGGAAACGCAACCGCAGGCCUCUACCGAGCUUGUCAGUGGUCUUCUCGCCGACGCAGUAUCUCUUUCGUUGACGACGGCGCCUGCCUCGCCGCUGAAGUCGAAGACGCUUUCUUCCUCGGCUCCUGUCCCCACGUUUAUGGCAUCAUUGAUAGAGAUGUUGCACUGGCGCGGGCCGCAGAUGCACGUUUUCGGUGUCUCUGCCAUCCUGUGCUGGCGGUGGCUGCUCUUGUCUGACCCAUCGCGCGUUGCAGCGCUGUUGUUGCGCGACAGCAGUCUGCUGGCCACUUUGAUUGAGCUAAUACUGCGUGGAGAGGAUUUUUCCUCCUCACCGUCUUCCGCUGCGCUCUCUACGCGGCUGCCCUUAGGGCAGUCGCGG